AUGGCCGCGACACCUUUUCUUUCACGCGUCGUUCAGUUUGACGAUGUCAGUAUGUCCCUGAUGGAGUCUCCAGCGGCACCCACGUCCAUCGACUAUCUCAACGGCCAACUGGUCGCCCAUGGAUUCACCCAUGGACGCGGUCUCAACCUCGCAGACCUCCGUGGACAAGAUCAGCAAAUGGUUUUGAAAUGUCUCUCGAACAUGCUUGGACAGCGUUUGGACGAUAUGCGACGUGCAGAGCAACUGAGCGGCAAAUACAAAACAUUGUCCUACGACCAUGAACGCUUGCUCGAGCAGCAUCGCGCCGCAAAAGAAGCAGCUGCACAAGCAGAACGAGAGAUGGAGACGGGAAAAGCUAAAGUCGAGUCGGCGCAAAAGAGACUAGAGGCAGAGGAAGCAGCGCAUAAAAAGUCAAAGGACGACUUUCAAAGGCUCAAGAUGGCCAUGCAGUAUCUACGGACCACGACUGCCAACGAUGUCAAAAGAAAGGAAAAGGAAAUUGAGAAGAUGACCGAACGUUGGUCGAGAAUCGCCAACGAGCAGGUGAAACUUGGAGCAAUUGGGUCCGGGAUGGUGUGUGCGAAUCUGCUACCAGAACAAGUGGCUUCCGAGAAGAAGACGGACAUAUGGGAGGCAGCCCUCGCCGAAUCUGAGGCUGCACGGCUUCGUCUGCUCAAGGAGAAUGAUGCACUCCGAGACGUCAUCGUCGCCUGUGCAAAUGCACUCGUGUCACUUCAUCAUUCGACGCUCGAGGCUAUCAACAAGGUUGAAUUGGAGGAACCAGAACUGAUUCUGUCCGACGUCUUAUUCCUUUCCGACCCUGGUUCAACACAAGCGGAGACUGCGCAGAACAAGCUCCGCGAACUCUUUGCCAACCUUCGAGAGGUAUUAUCACAAGUGAGCUCCAUUGGGAAGAGCCGCCGGCAAAGCCUCAAGCAGCGUGAAGAGGAUGCGCAUCAGAUCAUGGCCCUUCAGCAGGCUAAUGUUGCUCUUCAAGCUCAACUCGAGGAAGCGCAAGCCGCUAUGCGUGCCCAGGGUCAAGAGUUAUUGGAACAAUUCGUCACAGAUGCCCGUUUCGCUGCUGGUCAACGCUAUGCGGCAGACAUCUCUACUGAUCUCAUUGGAACCCCGGACAAGGCUGCGGUUCUUUCAGAACUAGAGAGUCAACGUCAAAGGCUAGAAGACGAACGUGAGAAACAUACGGAAGCGGCUCUUGCGCUCGGACGAGAAAAGGCGGCACUAGAGGCGGAACGGCUACAGUUUCUCGAGGAGAAGAGGGCUUUCAUGGUUCAAUCCAUUCUCGACGACCUUCCUCCUACUCCAGAUGCCUCUGGUAAGGCCCAGCCUGAGCCGGUGAAAUCGGUAGAGGAACCGAAGCCUGCUGUUGUCCCGCAAUCAUCACUCUCCCAACCCCAUGUCCCUUCGACGCAAUCAAUAGUCACGCAAGAUAUCAAGAUAGCGUCGGUCGUGCCUGCCCUUCAACAGCCUCCAGCUCUAGACAUGGAAAGAGUGGCCGUUGGGACAUCCACCACUCCUACGACUGAAGAAGAGCUCUCGCCAACAUCACCAACGGAACAACGCUCAAACACGAAGCCAACAAUUCGCGCUCCUGCAGUCCCCCCUCGCUUCCGUAUGCAAAAGACACCAAAGCGGCGCAUUCAUCCACAAGCACGUUCAGCACACAAGUAUUCACCCGCUGUGCCUUCGCCGCUCUCACGGAUGAUUCAAGCGACAGAGUCUCCACCGAGCUCCCCGGAGUCGAAAGCCCAACGGGCAGCAUCAAGACCCCCUGUGAUCGCAGAGGAGGAUGAAAGUGAUCAGGGUCAUGAGGAUAUCAAGGUGUUCGAGGAGAUUAAAGCAGUGGCCGAAGAAAUUGAGGUUGUUGCUGUUGACAAGCCGGUGGAGCCUAGGGCGGGCUCAUUAUCACCUUUGUCGCGCAUCAUGAACAUGGGCCUCUCACCUGCCAUUGCUCCAACAUUGGCCAUCUCCUCGUUCCCAGGGCUCUUAGGCACAGGCUCUCUUACACAGAAUCUUGCAAAGUCUCGACAACCUAUCAAGGGCUUUGGUGACAUGCCUGGUGGAUUUCAGCUAGGCACCGCUAUCGACCCUCAAUCAUCGACCAGCAAUUCAGCCCCGGUGGUACCAAAAAAGGCGAAGGCAACGACGAUCACCAAACAGCGGCUGCCACCGCCGCCCAAGAAGGUAUUCGGGGAGAAUCAUCCACGAACAUCUAAAGAGAGUACAUCGUCCAGUGGAAGUGCUCCCAGUACGAGCGAUGGGCGAAGCAGUGCCGCAUCAAACAAGAAGAGCACCACAAGCGCUGUCCCGAGAGUAAGGGGCAAAGCAACGGCGCCGCCCACCGACAAGGAAAAUGUCAAAAAGCCCGCACCGACCAAGCCAGUCGUCACGAGGAAGCCCGUGUCUGUUGUGACUAGGCCUGCCGCUCCCAAGGCUGCGCCUGCUAUCAAGAAAGGGACAGCACCGGCUAGAUCUGCUCCUACGAGAUUGAAGACAUGA